CUUUACUGUGUGUGACCCAGGGGGAGGAGUCCCCUCCUUCCCUGCCUCUCUCAGUUCCAGUUUUUUUACAAGCCGCAGCACGCUGCUCCCCUUCACACCGUGUGGGUGAGGACAGGAGGAAGAUGAGAAGAGACAUGGAAACCGGCGCUGCCUAACCGUGAGAUGAAUGGAAGCCCCGACACCAUUUACGCGCACGAGAAGUGAUCCGGAGUGAGGAUAUCUGAGGGAGGGAAACUUUGACAUUGCUGUACUGCCUUGUCUCCGGUUCAGGUUUGAUUCUGAAGCAGUCGUCAUUAAUAGAAAAAAAAGAUGGGGACGAACUUUUCCACAAACUGGAUAUUCCAAGGCUGGAUAACGUGCGUCAUUGUCAGCCUUUACGCACAGAAUACAGCCUCCAAAUCUCUCCAGUGUGAAGAGAGGCAGUACUUGAGGCGCUCCAUGUGUUGCAACAAGUGUAAGCCAGGCUCGUAUGUGUCCUCCCACUGCAAUGAGUCCAGGCAGACCAUAUGUUCAAGCUGUCACGAAAAUGAAUAUCAGCCAGUCUGGAACCAAAACAAUCGCUGCCGCCUCCAGAAGUUCUGUGAUCCAGGUAAGGGUUUCAUGAAGAGCCCCAAGAACCUUUUGGCAGAGGAGUCUUGUCACUGCCGGCCUGGCCUCCAGUGUCACCCCAUCAACUGUGAAUACUGUGAGGAGAUACCCACCUGUGGCCCUGGUUAUGGACUAGAGAUGGAGUCAGGGUCAACAAAUGGCAGGAAAGAAUGCGUUCCGUGUAAGAAAGGAUUCUUCUCCGCCGACAGUAAUACUGAACAGUGCAAACAGUGGACCAAUUGUAAAGCCGAGGGGAGGAAUGAGACUAAGCCCGGCACCAGUCACUCGGAUGCAGUGUGUGGACCUUCGUUCUCUGGUUCGACGCCGUCCUGGGCGAUAGUGUCCGUGCUGUCGGUCAUCACGGUCCUGUGUCUCCUCAUCCUGCUGCUCUUCUGCUUCAAGGACAAACUGAAGCUCCUCUCCGUUAAUCUGCGAUCCUGCGUCCAGAAUCUGAAGAGGACCAGGAUCCAACAGGAGACUUUGGCCCCCCUUUACCAGAGUGUAGCAGGUGGAGGGAUAACUGGAGGAUUUGGAGACCUCAAAUGCGCACCGUGCGAGAUGACCAAGCUCAUCUGCCAAACUCCCCUAGGUCCCGAAAACGAUCCGCUGCGCGCCUUCCCGGAGUCUUUCUCCGACGUCCGGGUGUCUUUGCCCCCCACGGAGAAAACGUCCGGCGGGGAGGAGUCCGAGGGGAGAGUGGUGAAGGAGGACCAGAGCGAGGGGUCUGGAGAACCGGAGGAGGUGUCUGAGGAAGAGGAGGAGGAGGUGGCCGCCGCCUCCCCGCUCCUGGCGGUCUCCUGCAUGUGCGUGGUCCCCGUCCAGGAGCCGCUGGAGGUGGGGGAGAACGAGGACUGCAGUCAGGCCGUGAGCCCGGGGACGCUGGGGACCUGCUCGUGCGGCGGCCUGGAGGGGGAGAGGGACGGAGAGGAGAGCAAACGGCCAGAGGGUCCGGACAACGCGGGGCCGAGCGCGACCUGCGUCCAGUCUCUAGCCUCCCUUUCUUCCCCUCUCCCGACCAACCCGGCUCCAGAAACCUGCUUCCCGCUGUCCCAGGCUCAGGAGAGGCCGCAGCUCGGGUCCGAGCUGGCCGACAGACCGCCGGUCAAGCAGGAGGGGCUUCACAGAGCGGCCAGAACAGACUCCGCCUGGACGGAAAACGGUCCAGCGAGCCCCGUCAGCCCUUUAAUGGCCUCCGCGUCUGUCGGAGACCUUUACCUGGACAAGCCCCCCGAGGCCCCGGGCCCCGGGGUCUCUCUGGGGGACGGCAGGGAGAACAAGCUCUCCGUGGGGGACGCGGAACUGGACUGCCUGCCGGAGAGCCUCCACAGUCAGCUGGCCGAACCACCUCUUACCUCAGGUUUAGUGUCAGGAAACAACAACACGACCUUCAUCUCCAGCGGUCAGGUGAUGAACUUCAGCGGCGAGGUGAUCGUGGUCUACGUCAGCCAGGGCUCCCACGGCGGCGACGAGGGCGAGCAGGACGCCGCCUUCGGGAAGCCCGUUCAGGAGGAGGCCAACGAGACGGCCCUGUUCUUUCAAAGCUGCCCGCGAUCGCAAAGGGACUCCGUCCCCCACGGCACGCUGCAAGAGGAGACGUUACCAGUCCAGGAGGCCAUGCAGGAGCGGCUUCUGGAGAAGUGAAAAGAGACUAAUAGCUGUGUUAUUUGACUACAACCGCCUCCACAGCUCCAGAAUUGUGGCAUUCAUCUUCGGUUGCAACAAAACCAUUUGACGCACCGCACCGCUUUUCACGUGAAACCACAAAGUGAAAAGUUUGUUCUUUGCGUCUUUAAGGUCAGUCUUCUAUAACUGCUUUCCUAUCGUACAUUAGUGACUGAAUCUUUCCUGACAUCUAUUUCCAGUGGAAUGCUAGACUUUUUUAAAUGGAAACUCCCUUCCCUGAUGGGGACUUUUGUUGGGAUUUGGAUGUACAACUGGAGUUCACUCUCAAAUAAAAGCUUUAUAUUUGCAUGGAAAAAGUCAGCUGGAUCUUGAAACCAUGAGUUACAAAAUAUUUAAAUUUCUCACCUUUGAUCAUUAAAGAGUCCGUAUUUCCUUCCUCAACACAUUUAACAUCUGGAUUAUUUUAAGACUUUUCUUAUGUAACAAAAUGUCCACCAUGUGGAAAUGAUUUUCAAUAUUUUCAUGGAAGAAAGUUCAAUUUCUCACUACAAUAAGAUUUGGGGGGACUGUCCGAGUUUGUACAAAAAUGGUGAUGAAUUUGAAGAAUUUCACUGAGUGAAUCUUUCUUUUUUCUGGUGUGCAGGAUAAAACAGAACCUACUUUACACAAACCAGACAAUUCCAGUUUUUGUAUGAAGCUUUUUGCCUGUAUGUGGAUUUUUUUUUCUUCUGCCUCUAUUGCACCAGAAGUGCAGGUUUGAAAAAAUAAAAUGCUAUGCAUUUGUUAAGCUAUUUUAUUACUGAUUUGUUCGUUUCACAUUUCAAUGUUUAAGCUUUGAAGAAGAAAGGUAAAGUGUUUAUAAUAGAAUGUUUUCAGUCAUUUUGCAAAGUAAACUGCUUAUGUAUUUUUUAAAAAGAUGCAAAUGUGAUCCUUGUUUGUACAUAUUCCAAAGAAGAAUGAUUAUACUUUGAUUUGAUUUAUGGUCUGGAUAUGUUCAAUAGGUGAUGCUGAUGCUGACAGCUGGCCAAAGAAGCGCACAUUCUCAGACAAUAAAGAGCUGUUCACUCACAGUUUCACCAGCUUGAACGAAUCAGCAUAAAACAAAAUCAUGUACAUACGAAUCAAACUCGUUGCAAUAAAGAAAUGAAAGACUAUUUUGAUUUGAAAUCAAAUCUGUUUCGCGUCUUA